AUGGGCUGUCUCUCGUCUAUCGAAGCUCCUCUCGCCGCCGUGAUCACCGUCAUCUUCCUGGCCGACGGACUAUACACGACCGCCUACAAAGUCAUAGAAUCGGAUGUUCCGAUGGAUGACACCGCUCUGGACACCAAAGGUAUUCCCCCGGGAAGCAUCUUCUCUCCCCCAACCGUCCCUUUUCCAGACAUGCUCAUGACCGCCCUCGCCGUCAUGUCACUCAUCGGCGUCUGCUCUUCCCGUCGUGCGUUCGGCGUCUUCACCCUUCUCUUCAUGCUCCACGCCUUCGUCUUUUCUCUUUUCCACGUCUUCCACGCCGUCACCCUCGUCAUCCGAUCGUCCGACGAACCGUGCCGAUUCCUGCAACCUCCGCCCAACGGAACUCUGUCCAGCGAGAUGUGUCACGUCAUCAACGGAGUCUCGCUGCUUCGCGCGGUAGUUACGAUGAUCGCUUCGGUAUGAGAAGUCAUGUCACGUGGAUUCUCACGUGUCCGUUUGCAGGGAUUAACGAGCAUGGCCGUAUUCGUGCGUCUCACGACGGUCGUCCUCAACAUUACAGACUUGCGGAGCAUGGCGACGGGCCGAUCAUUCGACAAUUCGCUGCCACGCCUCCUCAACAGAACGUCGCUCGAAUCGGAAAGAGAGGAGAUAAAGCCGGAGAGGAAGAUAUUGCCCGCCGAUCUGUUCGUUUGA